UUGACCAUCGACGGGGAGAGGUUGUCGCUCUCUGGGCUCGCUCAGCUAAGCCAUCUCUUUUUUGGCAUCUUGGUGCUGUCUGUUUCUCGCUCUGAAGCUACGUGUGACGUUCAGCGACGGAUGGAUGUGCUUUGGUGUUUUGAGAGUGUUUAUUAUCCCCCACGAAUGAAAAUUAGUGGUAGAAAACACACAUAGUAUGUUUAAGUUGAAGUCUCCUCAAUGAGGGGAUAUAUUAAGACUGCGAAUAAAGUGCGGUGACCUCUUGCAAUGUUAGCUGCAGUGUAGUGUUUUUGUUUGUUUAAAGUGAUAAAGCCUAUAGCAAGGAUUUGUCAAUAGAUUUGUUUUAACUCGAUCCCGGCCGCAUCCCCAAAACGACUGCACUAAUAAUAACGUAGGAAGAGUCAUCUCAUUACUGGGAAGCUGAAAACUGCAUAAUCUCACGAAAAUUUCCUAAUAUCCCCGAGGUAACAGUGGAGGAAGAGGGCGUUAUGUGAAGUGUUGUCGUGGAGCAGCAUCCCUCUCAUCUCCACCUCAGGGCUCGAGUAUCACCUCAACCACCAUCUCAGGGCUCGAGUACGGCCUCUACCACCACCUCAGGGCUCGAGUACCACCUCAAAGCUCGAGUACCACCUCGACAAUCACCUCUGGGCUCAAGUACAGACGUCAAGCAUAUUUGAGCCACAAGGUGCUGGAUAUAUUUAGUGAUUGAUUAGUGAUGUGGAGUGGGUGUGCUACCUAGGGUUGCUGGGGAACAUUAUAAGUGCCAGGGAAGUGCUGCCUAUGUACAUAAAGUGCUACAUACGUACAUAAGUGUUUAAUGUCAGGAUGAUUAGAAAAUUGAACAUCAGGGAUACUUAUUGAAUUGCUUACAUAAUAAACUCGCCUAAAGUUUAUGAAAUUGACAAAUAACCAAAUUUUCAGUGGGAAAUUCACACACAAAAUAAGACGGAAAAUCAUUCUCUAGCGCCACUGCCUAGUGUGUGCUCCCUAUCGAGGACCGGAGUAGUGCCAGAGAGAUGACGCCUCGGCGGCUGGCACUGUGAGGGCCAACAAGUGCCUCUCCUCCUGGCGGUGUAGUGUGGAGCUGCUGUUAUUAUGUGUGACUGUGUGAGGGUCAGUGUGGGGCUAGCAUCAUGCACGUGCUGAAGAUCCUACUCACAGGAACACUGUGUCUACUUACCUGCGGCGGCGUUGGCAACUUCGCCUGGGGGCAGCAGCGGCAGCACUUCCGCAAGCCUCCCAAAGACCACCACGUGAUCGAGGGCAGUGUCGCCAUCAUGAAGUGUGAGGUGGGCAACCAGGCCGGCAGGGUGCAGUGGGCCAAGGAUGGCUUCGUCCUCGGUUUCAACCGAUCCAUCCCUGGCUACCCUCGCUACGAGAUGGUGGGAGACGGUGUGGGAGGGGAACACCAUCUACGUAUCCACAACACCACCUUGGCCGACGAUGCUGAUUAUCAGUGCCAGGUUGGCCCUGCUGAUGGACACCCGCCCAUCAGGGGCACUGGCCAUCUCACCGUCUUGUUGGCGCCGACCUCGGUGGAGCUCGUGGGCCGAAGAAAAGACGACGUCAUCGAAGUGAGUGAAGGAGAGGAAGUCACCCUUGAGUGCAAGGUGGAAGACGCCAAGCCAGUCGCUGAAGUCAAGUGGUACAAGAAUGACCAGGAGUUACACUUAGAAACACGGGUCGACGUCACGGAGGACUCGACGAAGCGACGGAGACAUAAUCUACUCUCCAAGUUGACGCUUCGACUCACGCCCGCUGAUGAUGGCUCCCACUACUCCUGCCACGCCCACCACCCCGCUCUCAACACGCCCAUGAAGGCCACUGUCAAGGUCUCCGUGCAGUAUCCUCCUGGUCCUCCAGUGAUCACAGGAUACACCGCCGGGGAAGCCAUCCGGGCGGGGGAGGAACGGACGUUAACCUGCAGGUCUCGGGGUGGUAACCCCCCUGGCCGCGUCGUCUGGUACCGUAACAACGCCAACAUAGACAGCACGUACCGUCCCACGGGAGGAGAGAGCGUCAACGAGUACAAAUUCAUCGUAGACUCGUCGGAUAACGGUGCGGUUUACACCUGUGAGGUGGGGAACAAUCUGACGGAGAAGCCGCUCCUCUCAUCCGUCAAGUUGGACGUCCAGUUUCCACCUGACAAAGUGAUGGUCUCUGGCCCUGAGGAGUCCCGCGUGGGGGAGAACGUCACCCUCACUUGCUUCGUGGACAAUAGUAACCCACCGGCGGAGGUAUCGUGGGUGGUGGACGGUCAGCCCAAGCAAGAGUCGUCGACGCGGCACGAGCGAGCCAGCCCUGGGGGAUGGCACACAAUCAGCAAGCUGGCACUCGCAGUGCCUCCUGUGGACCGUGAUAUGAUGUUCACUUGUCAUGCCACCAACCAGGCCCUCGGGGAAACCAAGGUUGACACCUUCAUGCUCUCCGUCCUACGACCCCCGCAGCCGCCGAUCCUCCACGGAUAUAGCGAAGGAUCUGGGAUCCGCGUGGGGAGCCUGCAGCGAAUCACUUGUGUGUCGAGGGGCGGCAAUCCUCCAGCGCAUCUCCAGUGGUACCGCAACGGGCAGAAGAUCCCCUCCCAGAAGCACAGUAUCGACGACGAGAGUUCAGCAGAGAUGGAGAUCUUGGCUGAGCCACAAGACAACGGAGCCCAGUACCGCUGUGAGGCCCACAAUGCCGCCGCCUCCUCCCCCGUCAGUGUCUCCACUACCCUCGUCGUACAUUUUCCUCCGGAGACUGUCAAGAUCACGGGUAGUCCCCGACAGCUGCGAGCGGGCACGCAGGCCAUACUCACCUGCGAGGCAGGUUCCUCCAACCCUCCGGCUGUCAUCACCUGGCUCCGUGACGGCUACCAGAUGGCCGGCCGCAUCCAGGAAACCUCCCUCACUCCCAACGGAGGCACGCGAGUCAUCAACGUACUGACGCUCAACCUAACAGCUGCCGACGACGGGCUGACGUACACAUGCCAGGCCUCCAACCCAGCGUUGGAGAAGAGCGUGCGUCAGUCCACCACACUCCGUGUAAACUAUGCGCCGACGUUUCUGUCUGAUCCUCCUGAAGUAGUGGACGUGGUGAUAGGGGAGUCAGAGGUGUUGAACCUGACGGCACGGGCGAAUCCUGGCCCCGUACUGUACUCCUGGACCCGCCACGGCCUCCCGCUACCCGACCCUGUCAUCGACGAGUCCUGGAGACACGCCUACGCCCUCGACCCGGACACUAUGGGCAGCACGACUGGGUCGUACGUGGCGGCCGACGGCCCUCUGCUAUACAUCAGGGGUGUGACCGUUGACGACGCUGGCGACUACGAACUGGAAGCUACUAACCAAGAGGGCGCCACUGUAGCAAAAGUUUACCUCAACGUGCAGUACCCGCCAACGAUCAAGUACACGUCGGAGGUGGUGACGGUUUCGGAGGGGCAGGACGCGAACCUUGAGUGCGCUGCCGACGGCAACCCUCUUACCGAAGACAUGAUGCAGUGGAGUAGGCAGGAUUACCCCUUCACCCGUACCCAGCAGUCCUUUGGGGGAAAGAAAGCCUCCUUGAAGGUGCUGAGGGCCAACAGGAACGACACCGGCGUCUACUCGUGCGUUGUCAACAAUAGCAUUGGGAAGGUUGCCACGGCAAACGUCACUCUCGUGGUCAAGACCAGGCCACAGGUGGAGCACUCGCAGCUGUUGAACCGGGCAGCGGCAGAGGUGGGAAGGACGGGACGGCUGCAGUGCUUGGCGGAGGGAGCACCAGAGGUGAGCUUCUCCUGGAAGAGAGACGGGGUUCUCCUCUCCAACGGCGUCAGAUCCGACAAGUACGAGAAUGAGACCAUAAAGGAGGCGCUGUAUGACACUUGGAAAGUGGUAAUUAGAUUUGAUCGUAGGAAGGCAAGAGUAGCUCGUUUUUCUCAGUACGGGAUUAAGACUUAUAGGAAUAGCAAGAUGUCUGGAGAUACUCCUAUGUUUAGUGAUGUCACAGGUCACAGAAUAGACAUGAGCUCAUUCACUGUGUUAUCCAGUCGACCCAACAUCAAUUCUCUCCCUCUUUCACCAGGCGAGGCCCCUCCCACGCCCUUCCCCAACCCCAGUGUGGGCAAGGAGACCUCCAAGCUCCCUGGCCUUUGGGUCGUCAUCAUAGUGCUCGUUGCCACUGCAUUGCUUGCUCUCAACGUCUCUGCUAUUGUCUGUAUAGUUAGACGGAGACGGAACAAGAGAGCUUCCCCGCCUACCAAGAAGACGCCCCCACCUUCCAUAUCGGCGUCUGCCAUGCCAAAGACUAUGCCGCUCACUCCCACACAGGAAGGAAGCGACCAGGCGAGCAGCAAGAGUACCACCAACACCAUGUAUGCUCCAUCCUCCUAUAAUGACACUGUGGUUGGUGAGACGCUCUCUUCCAUCUCGGAGAAGAGCAGAGAGUCCUAUGCUCAGGAGGACUCCGUGGUGGACUAUGAGGAGCAGACCCAUAAGCACGCUGCUUCCACCUACCUCAUCGACCAGAUCGAACCACCACCGGAGUACGCCAGCCAAACCCCCUCACAACCUUCUAGUGCAGCCUACGACCCCCAGGAGGACGACUAUGCUGAGGUUCUGAGGAGGAACGCCUACAAUCAUCAGCUAGGGAAAGUUACGCCGCGCCCACCUUCUCGUGCCACCCACUACAGUACCUCACCAGAGACCCGUGGCUUCCUCAGUUUCUCCUACACGCCCUCCCCCACGGGCGUGCCUAACGGAGCCGCUCAGUACCACGCCGGUGGCCCCUCUGUAACUCUAGGUCUCCACGAACACGGCUACCCAGCCGACAUGGGCAACAUGAGCAUUGAGGGAAUUGACCAUGCCCAUGCUCUACAGUCACUGGGGCUUGACUCUGAUCCUCCUCCCUCCCUAGGGCUUGAACAGCACUCGAUCCCUUCCGAGCACCCCAGCCUCACGCUGGACCCACACUCCAUUACUAUAGAUCAUCCAGUAAUUGCUGUCACCGACUUCUCCAACCGAAAUGGGGACCUCAGAGUUCAGCCAACGAGCCUCUCCACCUUCAAUCCCAACCCAUCGCCUUCCACUUACAGCGAGUCUGAUCUCGAGGGCCAUCUUGUAUGACUGUAAGCGAACCCGCUACCCAUCGGGAGGGCGGUAACAUGCUAAACUACUACUCAGAGCCCAAGAAUAGCACAGCAGCAUCUGUGUAAAAACGUUCUAGGAUUCUUUCGUUCUUUCGAAAACCUGCUAUGAGGCACUUCGAUAACGAAUCCCUGGACAGACACAGUCGGGCAAUUCGUGCGGAGGCCAUUAAGAUAAAUCAAGCAUUCGAAACAUCAGGGAAAAUUAGUAAUUUUUCACUAACUUGCUUGAAUAACCAAAGAAUACUUCUGACUAAAAACUGCAUUUCAGCACCGCAUGUGUACUUUUAUGCGAUUAUAAAAAAAUAUUGGCUUUAAUGUGCAUUUUUUGCAUAAUCUAUGUAUGAGUUGUUUUAUUGAUAUAAAGUGUGACCCUGCGUGUUGUGACCCAGUGUGUGAGCGAGGAAUAGAGAGGUUUCUCUAAGUAGACUCUUUUAUAUUAACGAGACGAGAAGUCAGACUUUUUAUUAUAGGGUAGCCAACUCUCAAACGAGAACCACAUGCAGGGAACAACUUGUCUUCGUUAGUCAAUAACGGGAUGCUUGAGUUGCUAGCGGCCUGAAGAUGGUGGGAGGCUGAGGCGACGGAUGGUUGAAGUAGUCGAGAGCCCAUGGCUCUUGUGCAUUGCAGCGCUGUGUUGGUGGUCUCUUGGAAACACCACGAAGAACUAGUGGAUAAACUCGUUUUCCACAAUGCUACCAAUGUCAGUGAAUGUGUUAGUUUUCUACAUCUCCAUGAUCUGGUGUUCAGUGUUUACCUCUUGCAACACGACGAAAACUGGUGUUGACUUCCUUGCAGGCUAUGCGGACCUCUAGCCUUUAAGGCUUGAUAAAUUCGUGUGAAAAUUAUUAUCAUAAGACGAUGUCAAUGGCCAUCUGUGAUGCACCUUGGCUUUCCGCUCCCAAGAUUUUAUGUGAAUUACCAUUGACGAGACGGAUGCCAGGUUUGUGAUUGCAAUACAGCUACUGAUAGAAUUCUCUCUAUACAAUUGGUUGAAAUAUAUACAUGAUUUACAUAUAAUAUGAAAUGUACAGAAAAAUCUUAAAUAUUGUUGAAGA